AUGAAUUCGUUCUAUUCCGUCACCUGGUGGCCCCUAAUAACUGACUAUUCUAGACACAUAACAGCUAUAGCCUUACCAAAUUGUACUGCACAAACAACAGCUGAAGCUUUAUUUAAUGAGCAUUUCUGUAAAUAUGGUAUUCCUGUUACAAUUAUAAGUGAUGAUCGAUUACAUUUCAAUAAUCAAUUAACAAAAAAUAUACGUCACUUUGUUGGAUAUGAUUAUAUUUUCUUCACAUCACAUUAUCCUCAAACGAACGAUUGGUAA